CGCGCGGGGUUCUGGUGGCCGCUGCCCUUUCGUCGUCGCGGCAUUUCCUGUUCGGAUUAUCUUUUGCUUCGCCCCGGCUGCCUCCUUCCCCACCCUCGCGCUCCCACUCUCUGCCACUCCUCCGAGUCCUCGGUGGAAGCUGCCCUCGCCCCGGGCUCGUGCUCCCAGCCCGGGGACACCCCUUGCCGCCCCUCCCGGGCUGCGGGGGAGCCCCGCCGAGACCAUGAGGAAAUUCAACAUCAGGAAGGUGCUGGACGGCCUGACCGCGGGCUCGUCCUCGGCCUCGCAGCAGCAGCAGCCGCAGCAGCACCCGUCUGGGAACCGCGAGCCGGAGAUCCAGGAAACGCUCCAGUCCGAGCACUUUCAGCUCUGCAAGACUGUUCGCCAUGGAUUUCCCUAUCAGCCCUCAGCCCUGGCCUUUGAUCCUGUACAGAAGAUCCUGGCAGUGGGAACUCAGACUGGUGCUUUAAGGCUCUUUGGUCGUCCAGGAGUGGAAUGUUAUUGCCAACAUGACAGUGGAGCUGCAGUAAUCCAGCUCCAGUUCCUGAUUAAUGAGGGAGCUCUUGUGAGUGCCUUGGCUGAUGAUACCUUACAUUUAUGGAAUUUACGUCAAAAGAGACCUGCCAUACUACAUUCUCUGAAAUUUUGCAGAGAAAGGGUUACAUUUUGCCAUCUACCUUUCCAGAGUAAGUGGCUCUAUGUGGGCACUGAACGAGGUAAUAUACAUAUUGUCAAUGUGGAGUCCUUCACACUCUCAGGCUACGUCAUUAUGUGGAAUAAAGCCAUCGAAUUGUCAUCUAAAUCUCAUCCAGGACCUGUUGUCCAUAUAAGUGACAAUCCAAUGGAUGAAGGAAAGCUUUUGAUUGGCUUUGAAUCUGGCACAGUAGUAUUAUGGGACCUGAAAUCAAAGAAAGCUGACUACAGAUAUACAUAUGAUGAGGCUAUCCACUCUGUGGCUUGGCAUCAUGAAGGAAAACAGUUUAUUUGCAGUCAUUCAGAUGGCACCUUGACUAUAUGGAAUGUGAGGUCUCCCGCUAAGCCUGUACAGACAAUCACUCCACAUGGAAAACAGUUAAAGGAUGGGAAGAAGCCAGAACCAUGCAAACCUAUCCUCAAGGUGGAGUUCAAAACGACUAGAUCUGGGGAACCUUUUAUUAUAUUAUCAGGAGGUUUGUCAUAUGAUACUGUAGGAAGAAGACCUUGCCUCACAGUUAUGCAUGGGAAAAGUACUGCUGUACUAGAAAUGGACUAUUCAAUUGUUGAUUUUCUAACACUGUGUGAAACACCGUACCCCAAUGAUUUUCAAGAACCAUAUGCUGUGGUUGUUCUUCUAGAAAAGGAUUUAGUACUUAUAGAUCUUGCACAAAAUGGAUAUCCUAUAUUUGAAAAUCCCUACCCUUUGAGUAUACACGAAUCCCCUGUUACAUGUUGCGAAUAUUUUGCUGAUUGUCCUGUGGACCUUAUUCCCGCACUUUAUUCUGUUGGAGCUAGACAGAAACGUCAAGGUUACAGCAAAAAGGAAUGGCCCAUCAAUGGAGGUAAUUGGGGCUUGGGUGCUCAGAGUUACCCAGAAAUAAUUAUUACAGGGCAUGCUGAUGGGUCAGUUAAGUUCUGGGAUGCUUCUGCAAUAACUCUACAAGUAUUAUAUAAACUAAAGACAGCUAAAGUCUUUGAAAAGUCAAGAAAUAAAGAUGACAGGCCAAACACAGACAUUGUAGAUGAAGAUCCGUAUGCCAUUCAGAUCAUCUCCUGGUGUCCAGAAAGUAGAAUGCUGUGCAUUGCUGGAGUUUCAGCUCAUGUCAUUAUUUAUAGAUUCAGCAAACAAGAAGUGAUUACAGAAGUCAUUCCGAUGCUUGAAGUUCGAUUGUUGUAUGAGAUAAAUGAUGUGGAGACCCCAGAGGGUGAACAGGCACCACCUUUGCCAACACCAGUGGGGGGCGCCAAUCCUCAGCCCAUUCCUCCCCAGUCUCAUCCCUCCACCAGUAGCAGUUCUUCUGAUGGGCUUCGUGAUAAUGUCCCUUGUUUAAAAGUUAAAAAUUCACCACUUAAACAGUCUCCAGGAUAUCAGACAGAACUAGUUAUUCAGUUGGUAUGGGUGGGUGGAGAACCACCACAACAAAUAACCAGCCUGGCAGUCAAUUCUUCCUAUGGAUUGGUAGUUUUUGGCAAUUGCAAUGGCAUAGCGAUGGUUGACUACCUCCAGAAAGCAGUACUCCUCAACCUGGGCACUGUUGAAUUAUAUGGCUCCAAUGAUCCUUAUCGGAGAGAACCCCGGUCUCCUCGUAAAUCUCGACAACCUUCAGGAGCAGGUCUGUGUGACAUUAGUGAAGGCUCUGUAAUCCCAGAGGAUCGCUGCAAAUCUCCAACUUCAGGUUCUUCAUCACCACACAAUUCAGAUGAUGAACAAAAAAUGAAUAAUUUUAUAGAAAAGGUGAAGACCAAAAGCAGAAAGUUUUCCAAGAUGGUAGCCAGUGAUAUAGCAAAGAUGUCAAGGAAGUUAAGCUUGCCUACUGACCUAAAGCCUGACUUAGAUGUAAAAGAUAAUUCCUUCAGCCGAUCCCGGAGUUCAAGCGUAACCAGCAUUGAUAAAGAAUCGCGAGAAGCCAUCUCUGCUCUUCAUUUCUGUGAAACUUUUACUCGAAAGGCAGAUUCAGCUCCCUCCCCAUGUUUGUGGGUUGGUACUACGUUGGGAACAGUGCUUGUCAUUGCACUGAACCUUCCUCCAGGAGGAGAGCAAAGACUUCUUCAGCCAGUAAUUGUGUCUCCAAGUGGUACCAUAUUGAGGUUAAAAGGGGCGAUCUUGAGAUUUGCAUUCCUGGAGGCCACAGGCUGCCUUUUGCCACCUGCAUACGAAGCCUGGAGAGAACACAAUGUUCCUGAAGAAAAAGAUGAAAAGGAGAAAUUGAAAAAAAGACGGCCGGUCUCCGUGUCCCCUUCGUCUUCUCAGGAAAUUAGUGAAAACCAGUAUGCAGUGAUAUGUUCUGAAAAACAAGCAAAAGUAAUCUCACUGCCAACUCAGAACUGUGCUUAUAAGCAGAACAUUACAGAGACCUCAUUUGUGCUUCGUGGAGAUAUUGUAACGUUAAGUAACAGUAUCUGCCUUGCCUGUUUCUGUGCCAACGGACAUAUUAUGACUUUUAGUUUGCCGAGUUUAAGGCCUCUAUUGGAUGUGUAUUAUUUGCCCCUUACCAAUAUGCGGAUAGCCAGAACGUUCUGCUUCACCAACAAUGGACAAGCACUGUAUCUUGUUUCACCUACAGAAAUCCAGAGACUCACUUACAGUCAAGAGACCUGUGAAAAUCUGCAGGAAAUGUUGGGCGAACUCUUCACUCCUGUAGAAACACCAGAAGCACCAAACAGGGGAUUCUUCAAAGGCUUAUUUGGAGGAGGUGCACAAUCUCUUGAUAGAGAAGAACUGUUCGGGGAGUCGUCGUCGGGAAAAGCUUCAAGGAGUCUCGCACAGCACAUCCCCGGCCCUGGUGGCAUCGAAGGCGUGAAAGGAGCAGCAUCGGGGGUCGUCGGUGAGUUGGCCCGAGCCAGGCUGGCACUAGAUGAAAGAGGGCAGAAACUCGGUGACCUGGAAGAGAGAACUGCGGCCAUGUUAUCCAGUGCAGAUUCGUUUUCUAAACAUGCUCAUGAGAUGAUGUUGAAAUACAAAGAUAAGAAGUGGUACCAGUUCUGACAACCGUAAAUCCAACUAAGUCCAAGUUCAGCCAAAAGGAAAAAGAAUUUUCCUUUUUCGUUUUGCUGAUUUUACUAUAGGAAAGUGAACGUUAAGGGACGUUCAUCACUGGGCGCUGUUCUUUCCUAGCACAAUCAUGCACUGUUUUACCUCAGUCGUGUGGCUUUCACUGAGGAGUGUGCACACACUCAAAGCGGACUACGUGGUGUGUGCCAGCUGUGAGUUGACACUUUGGGAACUAAGCAGGUCACAUGUCACAGAUGAAGAAACAAAGGGGGACGUUGAGACAUGGCAGGGACUAUUCCCAGAUCAUUCCUGUAUUACAGUUUCACAUGCCAAAAUAUUCAUGCUGUUGUAUCUGCCAUCAGUGUUUGACCUCUGAGGGAGAGGCCAUACGUUAGAAGUUCCGAAGCUGAAACAGUUGUGUUUGUCUUAUUGACUGACUUAUAAACAGCUGUCUUGGACUUCCCCUCCCUUAAACUGACUGGUCAUCAGUUUCAUUAGUGAAAAAGAAACAAACUGUUUGUUACCCUAUCUUUAGACAGAUAAGCUGAAUGGUGGGCUUUAAAUAAUAAAAACAUACACAUAGUUGACUUGUGUAUGGGCUACUCUUGGAUUCUUGUUAUUGUAUACUUGUGUUUAGUCCAUAUUUUGUCAAAAGCAAAACAAGGUGAUACAUCACUUUUCAUUGAAAAGAAAAGUGUAGAGCAUGACUGAACUGCUCAUCAUUCUGGAAGUUUCCAUGUAGUGACUAUGCAGUGUGGAAAGUGAGAAAAACCUCCAUUGUGGUGAGGAGAAUACUUCAAUGUCCCUUGUCCUUGUUCUCAUUAAUUCAGCUAAAGGUGGAUUUGACCAAAAUAAUUACUGGUUAAAUUUGUAGAAAUGUUGAAAUUGGCUAAGUUUUUAAUUUUGCUUGAAUUUUUUUAUAAAAUGUUUAACCAAAUGUACCCUUUGCAUUAUUUAAUUAAAAUUGCUAAAAAAAAAAGAUGUUUCAUUAUUUCAGUAAAGUGCUCAGCUCCCUUUUUAAAAUGCCCUUGAUUUGCUAACAGUUCCAGUACACUCAGGUGAUGAGCCAAUUAAAUCUUAGCGCACAUGCUCUCGCAUGGAAAAUUAUAAGCAUCUGUUGUCAAUACCUAUCUCUAUAAGUCUAGUCUGAUGACCUACAAAAUCUUCUGUAGGAAUAUACUAUAAAUCUGUACAUGUCCUUUCAAGGUUUUAAAAAGCCAAGAGGAAAGGAGAAUAUGUGCAUUUUGGUAACUAAAUUAUUUCUGUAUCGGAGUAUGAUGCAAAUGAGACCAUCAGUGGACAAUAAAUGAUUGGUUCCUAAAAUAGUAUUGCAGACAGCAAAGAGAUGACUUGGUAGACGUUGGGAAUAAGUAAUCUUGUAAUGCGGGCUCAUCCGAGAUUAUUAUUGAUUGUUACUACAGCAACAAAAAGAGCAAAAUAGAAGCAUUACACUUAAUGAAAUUUAAAUAUUUUCUCCUAUAAAAAAUUGUUUAAAACCAUUUUCUUUCUGCAUUGAGAUAAUCAGAGCACAAAUUGAUAGCAAACAUGAUGGUUUUUUUAUAUUCCAUGUGAUCAUUGAAGGUAUAUGUAGAACACCUUAAUUUCAUGCGAUCUGUUAUGCAUCUCUUCCUCUUUUCAUUAAUAAAGGCUUUUUGUUUACAAUUUAUAACGUGCACUAUAGGCUACAAAGGUUUACAUUAAAAUUUACUUUAAAUAUCAUAAGAGAGGGACUAAAUAUAUGUGAUAGAGAUAAUUGAUCAAGUGAAAAGAAAUAUUUUAAAAAUACAGUACUUUUCAAAAGUUUUUGAAUUUGUAGAAAGUAUCUAUUAAUAACAUGUUUCUGUUUAAUGUCAGCUGUAUGACGAACAUUUAGCAGUUUACAAAUUGCUUAAUUUGUAUAUUAUUGUUCCGUGAUACGUCACAGAAAGUAUUAGGUCUUUUCUAAAGGUAAAGUUUUGUGAAUGUCAUCUAUAAAAUCAGCAGUUACGGAUUUGAAGUUGAGAAGCACUAAAUAUAGUAAUAUACUGGUUGAUUACCCAUUCAUGUGGAAGGGUAUAUUAGCUCCAGUUAUUUAAUUUUUUGUGUUAUUUUGUGUUAACUGUAUAUCAACUUCAUUCUUACUGUCAUUUUUCCUGUUGUAUAUACAAUGAACGAAUCUUGUAAUUAUUUUCAAAUAGAGAAGUUUACCUGAGAUGGAUUUUAUAAGAAAAUCUUAAAUCAAUAUUUUGGGUUAUUUUAUUUCAUUUUUAAAUUAAUCUACAAAUUAUGCACAGCACACUAGAAACUUAGGAUUAGAAAGCUUGAAGUAUUUUUGAAAAUAGGAAAUAAGCUUCUCAAAGUUAUACUUGAUUCAGUCUGUAGAUAAGACAGUCUGCAGUAAUAACUAACCCAGGGAAUUUAUUGUAAUUUGAGAGAUAAUAUCUCUAUUUUUUUUUCUUUUGAAAUGCAGAAAUAGUCACCAGCAAGCUAAGAUUUCAGGAAAACAAACCAAAAAAAAAAAAAAAAGUCAAUAUAGGAAAUAUUAGAAAAAUGAAAGACUUUGUGUGCUUCUUCCAUAUCCUCAAACAUUAUUCUUUGUUGCAUUUGUCCUUGGCUCUAAAAUCAUUGAAGUAUUCAUUGAUUAGCAGUUUGUCAAUAGAAAGUGGUUUCUCUAUAUGUACCACAUAUCCAGUUCAUUUUGCUCUUCAGACUAAAAUCCGUACGUAUUUGCUUAGAAAGUUAUUUGAAAAAUUACAAUCUGACAGAUUCUGUGUAUUAUAUCCAUUUGAAGUUUUGCAUCAUCUCUAUCCCCUUGGUUUGCAUUUCAAUUGUACAAAGUGUCUCCAAAAAUGGUUAUAGAUAUAACUGAGCUAUUACUUAAUUUGAUUUUUUAUGGAUGUGAAAAAAUGCUGCUACUUGUCUAUAUUAUGUGUGAUAUAUUACAGUUUAAUUAAAGAAAGAAGCAUUUCUUUUGCAUAGAA